GCCUUUAAGAAGUGCAAAUCGAAACAGUAAAGCAUUCGCGGUGUCAAUGUACUAACAAUGAAUUUAAUCGAUAUGGUCUUGAUACAACUCUUGCUGUUGUUUAAUUGCUUAUGGAAUAUUAAAGGUCAGUAUGGAAACCCUCUGAACAAGUACAUCCACCACUAUGAGGGCCUGUCCUACGACACAGAGGCCCUGCACAGCAACCACCAGAGAGCCAAGAGGGCCGUCUCCCAUGAGGACAAGGUCCUACAGCUUGACUUCCACGCACAUGGAAGGCAUUUCAAUCUGCGGAUGAAGAGGGACACCAGCCUGUUCUCUCCAGACCUCAAGGUAGAGGUAUCAGGAGUGGAGGCGCCCUACGAUCCCUCCCACAUUUACACUGGAGAAAUCUUCGGAUCCUCCCCAUGCCUGCAGCAGUGCUCACAUGUAACACAAGGGAAAAACAGGCCAAGGUGUGUCUAUCCGGUCAUGUGACAUGGUGUGUUUGUGUGGAGCUCUCAGAUCCCAGCAGGCUCAUCUCCACUCCACCUCAUCAUUUCCAGAUGCUGUCAUCUCUCUUCUCCUCUGCUGAACAGACUGUAAUUCAAAUCAGACUCCACUGGAGCACUUCCCAUCUCUAUCAAAUGGAAAUCUUGAUCAGUUUCCUUUUAGAGAAGCAGCACAGCAUUGUUCCAAGGACGACGAUGUUGUAGCCUAUUUCUCAGAUGUGAUUUGUAAUGCAAUGGAAAGGUUUGUCCAGACCAAAAAUCCAGCAAGCUUUUUCUUGUCAAUAAUAAAGGUGGACAUUCAAAGGUG